GAGCCCUGUAUUUCCUUCUCUUGUCAUCGAAGAAAGGUAUAAUAUAUGGAAAAUAUGCAUCUAAGGCGAGUACGAACCAUGCCCCGACACAGCCAGUCGCUGAGCAUGGCCCCCUACUCCGUGAGCCUUGUGGAACAGCUAGAAGACAGGAUCCUCUGCCACGAGAAGACCACCGCUGCCCUGGUGGAGCAUGCCUUCCGGAUUAAGGAUGACAUCGUCAACAGUUUGCAGAAAAUGCAAAACAAAGGGGGAGGCGAUCGUUUGGCGAGGCUGUUCUUGGAGGAGCACAUCCGAAACAUAACCGCCAUCGUGAAGCAGCUGAACAGGGACAUCGAGGUCCUGCAGGAGCAGAUCCGCGCCAGGGACAACAUUAGCUACGGAACUAAUUCUGCCUUAAAGACCCUGGAGAUGCGGCAAAUGUCCGGUCUGGGGGAUCUCCGCGGAAGAGUGGCCAGAUGUGAUGCUAGCAUAGCCAGACUCUCUGCAGAGCACAAAACGACCUACGAGGGGCUCCAGCACUUGAACAAAGAACAGCAAGCGGCCAAGCUGAUACUGGAAACAAAAAUCAAAGAUGCAGAAGGACAGAUUUCUCAGCUUUUGAACAGAGUGGAUUUGUCUAUAUCAGAGCAGAGCACCAAACUGAAGAUGUCCCACAGAGACAGUAACCACCAGCUUCAGCUUUUAGAUACUAAAUUUAAAGGUACAGUCGAGGAGCUCAGUAAUCAGAUUUUGUCUGCACGGAGCUGGAUGCAGCAGGAACAAGAACGGAUAGAAAAAGAACUUUUACAGAAAAUUGACCAGCUUUCCUUGGCGCUUAAGGAAAACAGUGUAGCCAGUGAAAGGGACACGGAGAGGCUCAACCAGUUGUCAACCAGACUAGACAAGCUGGAGGAGACUCAGAAGAAGAGUCUGGAAGGACCGCGAACCAAGCCAGAGGAGGACAAGGUGCAUGGGCGGAUCAGCCAGCUGGAGCUGCAGAUGCAGGAGGGCAUGCAGGAGAUAAAAGCAGAAGUCAAUGCCGGGUUUACAGCCAUCUACGAAAGCAUAGGAUCCCUCAGGCAAGUGCUUGAGGCCAAGAUGAAGCUGGACAGGGACCAGCUGCAGAAGCAAAUCCAACAGAUGCAGAAGCCGGAAGCCCCCCUGUGACCGGCCUGGGACCUGGAUGUAGAAGGUGUUGCCUGGGACUGGGAGCCCGGGCCUCUGAGGCCAGGCCUGGUGCAUUCAGGACCGCCCCCGGGUGUGCAUGUGCCAGGAGACGUGUUUUCAUGGGUCUAAAUGUUUACCUUGAGUCUUGAAAACACUCUUAGCAUAUUAAAUACAGUUUUUAACCACUUUAUUUUACUUCUCUAAAUUCAGUGGACAUCCCUACCCUUUGAAAGGCUUUUAUCCUCUUCAUUUUAUGAAUGAAAAGACAAUUUUUUUCAAUCCUGGAUGGUCUAACCAAGACUAUUUAAUAUUUUGAAAAACAUGAUGGUGAUUUUUUAAAAUUAAGAAACUAAUGAGUUGUCACUGGAAUGUGUUGUCCCAAUAGAUUAGAAUUCAACCUUUGAGUCCACAUCUGGGUUUUAGUACUGUUAUUUGUGUGUUUCUUAUAUUGGUUAUCUUCCUGUCAAUCUUCUGUCUUUUCUAAGGGGAAGAGAUUUAACACUUGAGGAAAAAAACCCUGCCAUUUCUAUAAUGAAAAUAGACUUACAAUUGAUAACUGCCAUAGAGAUUGGAAAUUACAUAGAAAUUUAAGGUGUUCUGGGUACUACAAGGCACAAUAUUUACAUCUACCUAGCUAUACCAGGUUUUAAUAUUUAAAAGUAUUUUUGAAUUAGCCAUAAUUUGCAUAGUGAUAGCCAUAUAUUUAAUAAUGGAAUGGUGGUUAAACAUUUGUUGAUUGCAUGAUUAAUUGUUCAUUAAUCAUGAUAGAAUGUGAGAAUUUUCCAGACAUUAUGACCUCUCUAAAUGUUUCCAAAACUGGCACACAGUGCCAGGGUUUAUGUACAUUUAUUGCAACUGUAUUCUCGUGCCUUGGUAUAACCGCCUCCGUGCACUGUACCCUAUAAAAUCUUUGCCGACAGGAGAAGGCAUAAUAAUCAUUCAGAAUUAUGAUGUCAAAAUGGGAUCCUAUGUAUUUUUUAAAUAUUCUAAAAAUGUUACCACUGUUAAGACAUGAACCGUUCAGUAUUAUUCAUGGAAUAGAAAUUCAUACUUUUGUAUGUACAAAGAAACAAAUUGCAUUUGUAAUACUGUCAAGACACUUUCAUCUUGUGCAACUUUGUAGAUGAUUUUCAGCCUCCAUGUUUGAUCAGCCAUUGACAGUGUGAUCCUGGGGUCUUUGGUCACCUGUGCAAACGGACAGUGAAACUCACCACUCCUGAUUGGGAGGGGGACCAGGGAAGGAGGACAAGUGGUUUUGUUGUUGUUGUUUGUUGUUGUUCCAUUUGCCAAGGACUCAGGACAAUAAAAGCAUUUUCUAUUUUUAGGAUAAGUCACAAGUGAAACAUCUAACUGGCUAUUACUGUUUACACCCAUAUAAAAUAUGCUGCUAGAGUACAUUAGUUCUCAAUGGCUUGACAAAAACAUUUUUUUAAAAAUUUGGACAUGAGAGGUUAUAUAAGAAAUAUGUCAUAUGUCAUUCAAAAUAUAUUUCCUGUUUUGGUCACACAUCUUUUCAUCUCUGUACAGUAAAUUUACACUUAAAGGGGAAAAAGAUUGAUGCUCUCUUACAGUCAGAAGGGGGUUUCUUUUUGCAACCGAGUUGCAUGUUGUCCAGGUUGGGCACAGAGGCAGGACUGAGUCAGCCCCAGGGUCUGGAAGGAGGAAGGGUGAGCGCAUCUGACACCUGGGAAGAGGGGCUGGGACAACAGCUGGACUCUGGCUAAGGAGGGGACGUGAGCAAGUAACGCUGGGCUGGGGCCGGUGUCUCCUGUGUUCUGAUGUCGCCAGCCCCGCGUGAGGAGUGGCCUCGCCUCUCCAGCCUGGGCUGCGUUGGGCUCACGUGGGGAGUUUAAGGAGCCACUGCGGCCCCGCUGCCCCCAGGGCGAUCUGGCCUGGGGAAGGUGGCAGGGGAGCAGUGCCGAUCACAGGCCCAGUGACACUUCUCACCAAAGGUUAAACAAGAAUCAGCUUCCGUGUUCUUUCCUUUACCAGAAAUUUGCAAUAAAAAGGAUAAAAUGUCAAAA